AUUCUUUUACAGGGCGGUGGUGCCUUGUUCGUCCUCUCGUCUCACACCGUCAGUGCGUUCUUUUUUUCUUCGUUUUUUCCUGCUCUCUUGUUCGUCUCACAUCGUCUUCUUCUUGUUCUUCUUCUCUUCGCCUUCGGAGUUCUUCUCUUCUUCUUCCUUGUCUCUGUGUUUAGUUGGUCUUGUUCUUCGUUUUUGGUGGCUCUGCAGGGAUGGAGGAGAGCAAGAUACUGGGCUGCUGGCCAUGGCAGCGGAUGGGCACUUACAAGUAUCACUUGUUUCUACCGAUAUUCUUGAGCGCUGCUCAUUCUCACUACUUGGGGACGAGCCCCCGCGACAAUUGGUGUUUCCACAUUCUCGUCAUCGCUGCUCUUCGCUACGCGCUGUACCAGGCUUGGUCCAGCUUCGCUCGUCUACACGCCGUGGUGAAACACCAUCAGAUCAUAUCUUAUGCUCUCACUUACGAGCAAGUCGAUCGAGAAUUUGACUGCGACAAUGGAAUUAUCCUGCACUCGUUGCUGGCUUACGCACUUGGACCCAAUGACAUCAGCGGGUUUUCCAUUUGGAAUCUUCGCGGUCUCGUCUACCUGAUUGCUUUCCACGCCGGGGUCACCGAGUCUGCUUACUACUGGCUUCAUCGGGCCUUCCACACGAAAUCUUUGUUUCGUUCUUUUCAUUCUUACCACCAUGCUUCUACUGCACCCGAGCCAGCAACGGCUUUUACUCACACUUUCCUAGAGGCCCUUCUCCAGACGGUUUUGAUGUCUGUACCCAUUUUUGCGUCGUGUUUUCUAGGCGGAAGCUGUCUAGCUCUCUUCUACGUGUAUCCCCUGGCUUUUGACUUCUUCAAAUACUUGGGACAUUUCAACUGCGAGAUCGUACCUUUGUGGGCUUUUCAGAAGCUUCCGUUGCUCAAGUAUCUGAUUUACACACCAUCCUACCAUUCUCUUCACCAUUUGGAUCUCAAAUCCAAUUUUUGUUUAUUCAUGCCGCUGUACGAUUAUUUAGGUGGCACGCAACAUCCAAACACUCACGCGUUUUACAGAUCGAUCAGGAAAGAUGGACGAGAAGCUGUCCCGCAGUUCGUUUUCCUGGUCCAUUGCAUUGACAUAUUGUCCUCGCUGCACGUUGCUUUUAGUGGCCGGACCGCUUCGAGCGUCCCUUUUAGAGGCGAGUGGUACGCUUGGCUCGUUUUCCCAAUCGGCUUAGUCUCCUGCUUCUGUGUAUGGAUAUGGGGAAAAACUUUUGUGGCAACAAAGUAUCUUCUCGACGGGCUACAUGCACAGAGCUGGGUGGUUCCGAGAUAUGGAUUCCAUUACUUCAUUCCUGCUUGUGCUGCUGGCAUCAACAGGCACAUCGAACGAGCCAUCCUGGACGCGGACGAGCUUGGCGUCAAAGUUAUCAGCCUGGCUGCAUUAAACAAGAAUGAAUCGCUCAAUGGUGGCGGCCUGCUGUUCGUGAAAAAGCACCCGAAUCUCAAAGUCCGUGUUGUCCAUGGGAACACACUCACAGCUGCGCUCGUCUUGCGGGAGCUCCCAGCCGAGACGAGCGAAGUCUUUCUGACCGGAUCUACAUCCAAGAUCGGGCGCGCAAUUGCGCUCUAUCUCUGCAGGAGGAACGUCCGCAUCAUGAUGCUUACCACUUCGAGAGAGCGAUACCAGUCCAUAGUGGACGAAGCUCCGGCGGACUGCCGACAUAAUCUUGUGCAGGUGACCAAGUACCAAGCCGGUCAGACGUGCAAGACAUGGAUCGUUGGCAAAUGGGCGACGAGCCAGGAUCAGAGCUGGGCUCCGCAUGGGAGCCACUUUCAUCAAUUUGUGGUACCUCCUGUUCACGAGUACAGGAAAGACUGCACGUAUGGAAAGCUGGCAGGGAUGAAGCUGCCACAGAGCGUAGAGGGCGUGCACAGUUGCGAGUAUACGUUUGACAGGGGGGUGGUUGCUGCGUGUCACGCCGGCGGUCUCGUUCAUGCGCUGGAGAAUUGGACGCAUCACGAAGUUGGCAGCAUUGACAUCGAUCACAUUGAUCUAGUGUGGGAAGCGGCACUUAAGCACGGGCUUGAGCCAGUCCUUUGAAAGUUCAGAGCAAACUAAAGGGAAAAGAAAAACAAAACGAAAAAGACAUUUUUAUAAAGAAGGAAACAAAAAAGAAAGAAAUCUCAGUUUACUUGUACCGAUCAGAUUUUUCAGCGAUCACUGAGAAAGAGGAGAGAAUCAUAGCGUAGACUAAUUUACUUGUAGAAAGAAGCAGCAUCCUUCAAUCUUUUGAAGAAAAAAUCAUAA